AUGUACUACGACAACGAAUGCGAAACGUGCGACCGGGAGCUUGGCAGCCAGCAUGCCGCCAUCCAGCACAUGGAUGCACUUGACCACUGGUUCCUCACCCGACGCUCGGCGGAACAACACAUGGACGACACGGGACACUGGGAGCCUCAGUUCGAGUGCGAGCACAUGAGCGCUCUAGAUCAUUACAAGCAAUACCACUGCCGCGACUGCGCCAAGUCGUUCCGGAACGAGAACGCAUUAAGAAUGCAUCUAAACUCGAGCACCCAUCGCGGCAGGAAUGUUGCCCGUCCCUUCUGCAAGACUGCCUUGACCUCGGCUAGCGGGCUUUCACACCACCUCGAGUCUGGCUCAUGUCCACGAGCUGGGAAUUCCAAUCAUCGAACGAUAUUUCAGGCCAUCAGUCAGCGGGACUGUGGUGGUCUGGUAACGAACAAGCUACUUACCUACCCCGAUUCUGGUACACAGAAUAUUGCAACAGGUGCGACUUGGAACGGCUUCAACUAUGAGUGCUACCUCUGCCACCGAGAGUUUCGUAAUCUUCAAGGGUUGAACCAGCAUUUGAGCUCGCCGGCCCAUAGCGAAAAGCUGUAUCACUGCCCGAACCGUGACUGCACCGGUCAGUUCGUCCGUUUAGCAUCGCUAUUCAAUCAUCUCGAAAGUGAGAGCUGCAACUUUGUGCGAUUCGAAAGGGUCCAGAAGCAUGUCCACGACUUUAUCACGGGACGCCAGAAGCUCAUCGGCUUUGGGUGACUGUAUAGCCCUAUGUUUGAGGGGAAUCUACAUGAGGUUCAGCGUUGGAUCAGUACGUCGAAAGCAUCGGUACAUGAGCAGCAUCUGGCACUUCGUAGAAUCAGUCUGAGCUUACACAUCAUGGCUGUCCGUGAUUGUUUGAUUCUCUGCAGGCUGCUCGUUCUUAGUCGACUUAUUCUUGCCGACUGCUUACAAUGUCGGGAUUAGGUUACUGAUUGUAUGGGUUGUGCCGCCGUACAUCACUGAUCAAGCUAGCCAGCACACAUUGGGGUGUAAAUUCGACGGCUGCAUUAUGGCUUGACAGCAAGUGUGCAAUUCCAACUGCGUAUAU